CUCGUCCCGAUCUCUCCAUCUCGAAGGAUUUUUGGGUCCCUCUUCCGGCCCGGGCGCCAUGUUCGCGACAUUCUUCCAAGUUACCUCGUGCUCGGUAUGACAGUCGCUCGAGUUUCGAGAUAAACGUUCGGGCAAAGUUAUCCUGGACUUCCGUUUCGGACGAGCACGAUCGUUCGCCAGGACGGAUCUCGGCCGCGAUACGAUGACCCUCGUGACGGAUACGGUGUCUUACGCGUGUCAAGUUGCCGCUAGACAGUCCUACGACGCUUAUCGGCAUCAUCAUCUGCAACUUCGGCAUCACCCUCACCACACUCAAAACCGUCAUCAUCGCUACCACCAUCAUCGGCAUCAUCAUCACUAUCAUCAUCACCAUCAUCACCGUCGCCGACGCGCUUACGCGUCCAUCGAACACCCAUCGAUCGACUACCACCUGCAAGGAUACCUGUCCGAGAGAAACGUGGACGAAGCAACGAGAAGCAUCGUCGAGACGAGCGAUAACGCGUUCGCGCUAGAAUCGGCUAGUUCGCAGCGUUACCGGUCGCGAACACCUCGAUACGCGCUGGAUUCGGACGCGUCGUCGAUCGUGUCGGUGGACGCUUCGGCGGAUUUCGAAUCGGUUUCCGUGGAGGCGGAGGAGAGCAACGAGGGUAACGAUUCGACGGAGCCGAACGAGUCCAACGAACCGAACGAUAGGAACAACGAAUCGAACGAGAGCGAAUCGAACGAGCACGUGCCCCAUCCGCACGCGGUGCUCGACGCGACAGCCUCGCCUCACGGACCUCGGAGAUGCCUUCUCUGGGCUUGCAAAGCUUGUAAAAAGAAAACCGUUACCGUCGAUCGAAGGAAAGCGGCCACCUUGCGAGAAAGGAGACGCUUGAGGAAGGUGAACGAGGCGUUCGAAGUAUUAAAAAGAAGGACCAGCAACAAUCCUAAUCAACGGCUACCGAAAGUGGAGAUCCUGAGGAAUGCGAUAGAGUACAUCGAAGGAUUGGAAGCGUUGUUGCAGACCAACAGAUCAUCGCCGGCUCAGGAUCACGGUUCAACCGAGAACUCGAAUGCAGGCACGUCGCGAUACGUGACGGAAAGACUGAGGCAAUUCUCGGACCCUUUGGCAAGGUUUCAACCCAUCAACGGUUUCGAGCACACGGUGGAAUCGCAGUCGCUCCAGGUCAGCGGGAGCAGCCUGGAUCGUCUAAACAUGAUCGUCCAAAGCAUCAACGGUCCGGCUCGUACGAGUACCGACGGCCAUCGAUAUCCUUCGCACCAGUAACAGUAACAGUAACAGUAACAGUAACAGCCGAGGAGAACGGUAUCGAAAGAAUCGAGUGCUUUUAUCAAGUUCCUAGACGCGAUCGGACGUGUCUCUGUUCCUAACCAUCCGCCUCGAGGAGUUCUCGUCUCUCUUAAUUCUGUCGACGAAUCGGACUCUGGAAUUUCCGUGGCUAGCUGCGACACCGACUUUUCGAUGGGCUCGUGGGACGUCCGGUCGGUCGUCGUGCCAGCUCGGAUAACUCUCGGCGAAGGAUCGAUCGAGACGAUUUUACCGCGCGAAUUCGCGUUUUCGAUCGCACCCCGAGUACCGACGUCGAAUGUACAUAUCAUACGUAUACGUGCACGCGUGUUUGUUCGCACCAGCUUGCAUAGAAUAAAGAGCAUCGAAAUAA